CCCACCCACGAGCUAUCGUGGUAUUUCCGCCUACUUUCACAACGGUCACACGCUUUCUAUUUGAUUUUUUUUCAACACAAUUUUUGUUAAACAAUUUACCGUGAAUUUUGUUGUUGUGUGUGUGGAUGUGUACGUGCUAGCAACCAAAAAAGGGAAAGAAAAGGGGAAAAGUGCGCAAGUGCUGGGCGAACAAGCGGAGAAACAACGGCAGAAAAUGCUGGCAAACAACAAAUCAUCAAGGUGAAACCGCGCGCCCUGGCAUUGAGUCUUCUUCGUCUUCGUCGCAACGGGGGCGCAAUCUGCCCCGUGCAAUCCAGAGACCACAGGACCCGUACUCCCCACUCGAAACAAGGGAAAAUUCAUCAGUUUUGGCGGCCAAUUGCAAACACAAAAUACUAAAUACGCUAGAUGGAGCACUCACACACACGGGCACAGUGGCGAACGUAAAUACACAACACAAACAGACACGGGCGUCACGAUAGUCGUCUCGCUUGCUCUGCCUGUGAGCGCCGGGUCGGCCAGAGCGAGACAGAGAGCCAAAUCGCCUUUUCUUGUACUUUAUAUAUAUAUGGUUUUUAUUGUUUUUUUGUGCUGCUCCCGUACGUGUGUGUGAGAGUGCCAAAUGUCAUCGGAAAUUACAACACUGCGUGACUAGGAGGAAGAAGAGGAAGCAGGAGCGGCACCAGCGCAACGGCAACAUAAACAAAAACAAAAGCACAGCGGAGGAGCAACAAAUAACCGAGCGAAGAUGUUGCCCGCCAAUAAUAAUAGGAGUAGCAGCAGCCAUGCGACCACAACCACUACCAAUACCAACAGAUGCCUCAUCAAGUCGGCCAUUGAAAGAACGGUAGUUCGGCUGAAGGAGACGGCCGCCACGUUUAGCGGUACCUUCCAGGAUGCGGAGGCGGAUGAACAGCCGUGCCUGGAAUACGAUAUUAUCAACUACUACGCGGAUAACAAGCAGCAGCAGUUGUCCUCUUCUCGCCACGGCGGCGGCAGCAGCAACAAUAACAAUAACAGUGGGUGCCAUCCAGCACUGGAUGCCAGCAGCAGUAGUGUUGUUGUUGUUGUGGCGCCGGCAGCGGGAAGAGAACAGGAACUGGAAGGGGAGAGGGAAGUUCCCGUCCUGGAAGUAGCAGCGGCAGAGGAGUCGGAGGAAAUGGAGGUGGAUGUGGAGGGGGGAUCACCAGCGAAGCCUUUAAACCCAAAGAAACAGGAACAUCGCUUUCGGGGCGGCGGUGGAGCGGCACAAAGUCGUUUGCGCCGCUCGGCGGCCGUCGUUCCAGCGCGAUCACUUCCAGAGAGCAGUUGUUCCAGCAGCAGUUCCAGCAGCAGCAGCAGCAAUUCCAACUCCAGUUCCAGUGCUUCCACCUCCAAUUCCAACUCCCAUUCCAAUCCCUCCCCGUGCUCCUCCCUGGGCGUCAAUAUGCGCGUAACGGGACAAUGCAGCCAGGGCGGUCGGAAAUACAUGGAAGAUCAGUUCUCGGUGGCCUAUCAAGAGUCGCCGAUCACCCACGAACUGGAAUAUGCAUUUUUCGGCAUAUACGACGGCCACGGCGGCCCCGAAGCCGCCUUCUUCGCCAAGGAACACCUCAUGCUCGAGAUUGUCAAGCGGAAGCAGUUCUGGUCGGAUCGGGAUGAGGAUGUCCUAACGGCCAUACGCGAGGGCUAUAUCGCCACACAUUUCGCCAUGUGGCGGGAGCAAGAAAACUGGCCCCGCACCGCCAAUGGCCACCUGAGCACCGCUGGCACCACCGCCACAGUGGCCUUUAUGCGUCGCGAGAAGAUCUACAUUGGUCAUGUGGGCGAUUCCGGGAUAGUUUUGGGCUACCAGAACAAGGGCGAACGCAACUGGCGGGCACGACCUCUGACCACGGAUCACAAGCCGGAAUCGCUGGCCGAGAAGACGCGAAUCCAGCGAGCCGGCGGCAAUGUGGCCAUCAAGUCGGGAGUUCCGCGAGUGGUAUGGAAUCGACCCAGGGAUCCCAUGCAUCGCGGUCCCAUUCGUCGGAGGACUCUGGUGGACGAUAUACCCUUUCUGGCCGUUGCCCGUUCGCUGGGCGAUCUGUGGAGCUACAAUUCCCGCUUCAAGGAGUUUGUCGUGAGUCCCGAUCCGGAUGUCAAGGUGGUUAAAAUCGAUCCCAGUACCUUUAGAUGCCUAAUCUUCGGCACCGACGGCCUGUGGAACGUGGUGACCGCCCAGGAGGCGGUGGACAGUGUGCGCAAGGAGCAUCUGAUCGGCGAGAUACUCAACGAACAGGACGUUAUGAAUCCCAGCAAGGCGCUGGUGGAUCAGGCCCUCAAGACCUGGGCCGCCAAGAAGAUGCGGGCCGACAAUACGUCCGUUGUGACUGUGAUAUUAUCGCCAGCUGCCCACAAUAAUGCAACCACCACAACGCCGGCGCGUUCGCAAUCGGCGUUGGCACGCGAUACCGACCUGGAGGUGGAACUCCUGCUGGAGGAGGACGACGAGGAGCUGCCGCCGCUGGAUGCGGAGAACAAUUACCCCGACUUUCUGAUCGAGGAGGAUGAAUAUGUGCUGGAACAGCCGUACAGUGCCUUGGCCAAGCGGCAUUUGCCGCCCGAAGCCUUUCGUGAUUUCGAUUACUUUGGCCUGGACGAAGAUGAGCCCGAUGAGGAUGACGAAACGGUGGAGGAGGAGCAUUCGGAGGAGGAGGAGCUGCUCAAGCCGGUUGGUCUCUUGCAGCAGAGUCUGUUUAGUCCGCGCAAAACGUGGCGCAAGUCAACGAUUAACAAUUCCUGGAGUGGCGAAACCGAACCUGAGCCCGAUCCCGAUCCCGAACCAGAUCGAUUGGACAUGUAUUCGCACACCAGCAUCGACAAGUGCGCCAUCUACGCCGACAGCAUAGUGCCGCCCGUUCCGAUAAGUCCAAGUCCAGCGGAAAGGGCUGAGAAUCGAGAGCUCAGCGAACUGGAGCAGCAUUUGGAGAGUAGCUAUAGUUUUGCCGAAUCCUACAAUACCCUUUUGAACGAGCAGGAAGAGCAGGAGGCCCGAUCCCGCUCAGCGGCGGCCGCUGCAGCCGCAGCCGAGCAGCAUUCUUCGCCAUCCGUGGUGGUGGAUCGCAGCAUGUUUGAGAUUAUCCAGGAGCAGCAGCACUACCAGCAACAGGAGGGCUAUUCGCUGACCCAGCUGGAGACCAGGCGCGAAAGGGAGCGUCUGACCGAGGCAUCCACAUCAUCAGCGUCAUCAUCGUGGCCCCAACAGCCGGCGGAGCUGCUCGAACUGGACGCCCUGCUGCAGCAGGAGCGGGCCGAGGAGGAGCAGGUGGCCCUGGAGCAACAGCUGCAGCGCGAGCAGCAAAUGGAGGCCAUCAGCAGUUCGGCGGAGUUUGCCGCCUUCCCAGUGGAAGUGGCCGAUGCUGUUGAGUGGAGUGCAGCGAUAGAGGAAGUGGAGGAGCAGAAGAUAGAAGUAGAAAUGGAACAGGAAAAGGAACAUGUACACGAACAGGAGCUGCAGGACAACGAAGUGAGCUCCACGCUGCCCGCCACACCCACUCUAGUGGAUCCAGAUCCAAAAAAGCUUCAAGUUGAGAUGGAGAAGAAGCCAGGACUCGCUGCCGUUCUGGAAACAGUGGCCGAAAUCCACAAAGAGGAUGCCCACACUGUGCACUAUCUAUUUGAGCAGAUCCAGAAGCUGCAGGAAACCGAAAUCGCCGCUGAAUCGCCGAAUCACCAACCGAGUGGCGAGUCCAUGUCCGCCCCGCGAAUCCGCCAAAUGCGACGCUAUCGCAAUGUACCCAACGAGAAUCACCAGCACAUGCAGACGCGUCGUCGCCAGAUGUUCAGGCACGGCAAACCCAAGUCCCUGGUGGCCUAUGGCGAUGGCAGUGGAACAGUGGCAGCCGGAUCAUCUGGGAAUCCGGCAGAGAAUCGAGUGGGCGGCGGUGGAUCAGCGAGCAGCGGUAGCAAUUCCGCUACAGCCGCCACUCGACGACGCAGCGUGGCCAGUUCGAGCGGUGGCAAUGUGCCCGGCAGCAGCAGCUCCAUGAUGAUGACCCGACGCAGCCACAGCUUGACAGCCAGCGGUGGCGUGAGCAAGAGGCAGCUGCGCAGCAGUCUCUGCAGUUUGGGCCUGCAACUCGGUUUGGAUAUGACCAAGCGAACGCUGAGGACGCGAAAUGUUCCGGUUUCAGCGGGCAGCGGAGGAGCAGCCACUCCCGUUGGCAACUCAUCUACGUCAGCCGGUGGAGGCAGUUCUCCCGGCGGUUUUGCCAGUCCAAACAAUCCAGUCAGCACGCCGAGGGGAAAUGGAGCGGGUCGCCUGAAGCGCAGUCACGAGGAUCGCGAGCAGCGGAGGAGCCUGCGACGCAGCACUCUGAGUGCCGCGGCCAGCGGAAGUGGCGGUGGAGGAUCCUCCUCCUCCUCCAACUCGAAACCCAAUCGCCUGCAGGCCUGCAAUGGAGGAGCCAUUUCCGCGCGACCGCCACCUUCGCCCAAGAAGCUGAAUGCAGCGGUACCCACGCUGGCCAUUGGAACGCGGGCUUAUACCGCUGCUCUGGCGGCGGCGGCGGAUCACCUGAACAAGCGGUGGUCGCUGAGGAGCAGCAGCGGCAACUCCGGCGGCAACCUGAUAACAGCCAUUAGUUGCUAUAGUGCCAGGAGCAGGGCGGCGGCAGCGGGAGGAGGAGCAGCCCCAGGAUCUGCAGCAGGAUCACCAGGACCAGCAUCUUUAACCGCAUCCCCGGUGGCCACGCGAAGGCGUUAGAAUAACAAAAAAAAAAUAAAACCCAAAAUCAAGCGGGGCGAGCAACUUGCAAGUACAAAUCCCAAGCAACGGAAAACCUAAAAUCCUAGUUCUACUUUAUCCAAAAUGCUAAAUUGUGUAAUCUAACAGAUUUUUUUAUGUGCACAACACACACACGCAGACAUCGGAUAUAUCGUUUUAUUGUAUAUAGAAGAAGCUAUAUAAACCACAUAAUAUACACACAUAUAUAAAUAUAUUUAUACCUAAGCCUAAACAAUAAAACAAAUUCAUAGUGUAGCUAUAAAUCGCAGUUAGUAUAUAGUAGAGAUAUAUAUAUAUAUUUUUUGUAUUGCCUGCAGUAAGCAGUUCUCCAACAUCCGACAGUUUUCCUCAAUAUAAAUGCCCUUUUUCUAAUUAAAUCGAUUGUGAGUUUAGGAACCACACAACACAACAUCGGAAAGUAUUUAUGGUUUAUAUUUUUUACGCUAAGUUGACUAAGCUAGCUCAUAAGUUAAGUUAACACGAGAGAUGCUAAUUACUUUAAUCACUUACCCUUCUUUUUUUUGUGCUUCGUUUGUAAGACGUUUACUACUUGCGUUUGCGUAUUAAUUUCAUGUCAUCGCGCUCACGUGCAUUAAGCAUUGUCAUUAUCCAAUGAAAUACAUAUGAUAUUUUUGCAUAAUUAA